UGGCAGUGGCUGAUCAUUUCAUUCAGAAUGCGUCAUCAUGUCAUCACUGGCGGCUCUCAUCCUGUCUCUAUAUUUGUUUUCUGCAGUCGUUUCUGAAACUGUGAUACUGCGCCAUGAAGACAUUCCAAAAAGUCUGAGUCACUCCAUUGAUACAGAACUGAUUAAGUCUUGUGCAAAGAAAUUUUUGAAUGAAAAUGGCAAACAGGAUCUUGACUUCUUCAGAAAAGUUUACCUGCCCCGUUGCCUCUCUGGUACACUGGACCUGGAUGCUCAGCCCCAGGGAUAUAGUUCUGGUAAAUCGCCAUUACACCAUGCAGCUGAAAAUGGAUUUGUGUCUGAGGUUAAGGACUUACUUACAAAUGGGUCGAAUAAGGAUUUAAAGACAAAUGAUGGCUUUACUGCCUUGCACCUGGCUACAAAAAAUGGUCAUAAUGAUAUUGUCAGACUCUUAUUAUCUCAUGGUGCAGCAAUAUAUACCACAUCUAACACUGGAGAAACUGCGCUGCACUAUGCUGCUUUAAAAGGAAAUGAAGAAGCCGCUGAAUUACUCCUGAAUAAUGGAGCAAAUCUGGAAGGAAAGGAAAAAAAUGGGUACACUCCUCUCCAUCUCGCUUCUUUACUUGAUUAUCCUAAGGUAGAACAGCUGUUACUUUCAAGACAAGCAAACAUUAAUGCAAGAUCCUAUUCAAACAGAACUUCCCUCCAUUUGGCUGCUUUACGCGGGAAUAUAGAAAGUGUAAAGCUGUUGCUAGACAACGGAGCUGAAAUAGAGGCAAAAGAUAGAGAUGGACUAACUCCUCUUCACCUUGCUUCUUUCAAUGGUCAUACAAGAGUUGUGGAACUGCUACUUUCUCGAGGAGCUGUUAUUGAUGCCAAAGACAAACUUGGGAGAACUCCACUUCAUUAUUCUGCCAUGGCAGGACAAGCACAUGUAACCAGACUGCUUAUUUCUAAGGGAGCAGAUAAAAAGGUGAAGGAUUUAAAUAAUGAAACACCACUGGUCCUUGCAAUAUUGAAUUCUCAGGAAAUUACUACAAGGAUAAUAAUAGCAAGCGGACAAUCUGAAACCUGAUUGCAGACUAUGAAUUUCAGCAGCUAUCUUAUACUUUUCUUAGCCAUUUUGGUUUGAAUUUUCAUUUAGUAUUUUAUGAGUUUUUCCAAUAUCAACUCAAUUUAAGAAGCUGCUAUUCAGUACUAAAUUAAUAAAAGUAAAUAAUUCGAUCAAUUAAAAAAUAAAUAGCAUAUAACUUUAGUAUGGUUUAGAUAAAUCAUUCAAGAAGCACAAAUUAUAUUUAUUCCAGAAUCCAUUAUCAUUUGGAAUCGAGUUGUUUUUACAUUUUGUUCAAACAGUAGAUGAAUGGACUAGUAUAAAUAUAUGUAUAUAUAUAUAUAUUGUUUGUAGAAAUGUAUGUCAUCAGUAAUUUCCAUUUCCACUUUCCACAUUAUAAUUUGAGUCUGUCAUCAUUUAUGCUACUGUACUUGAUAGAAAUAUGUUUUUAUUUUCUCUUGAUCCAAGAUUUAUAGGACCUACUCAUUUUAUGUUUAUUAACUUGACACUUUUCUUUCAAUACUCAUAAAACUAUAUAAAAGUGAAGUACUGUCUCUAAUUGGUCAGUGAAAUUAUAUGAUUGAUACUCUCUAAAGAAGGAUAUAUCAUAAUGAAGAAGAGCUAACUAUAACACACAUAUCAAUUAAUAAAAAAAUAUUUUUUUUUUUAAAGGAUAUAAUUUAAUUUUUAGAAGUUAAUAAUAAAUAUAUUUAGCUUUAUGUGUAAAUAAAUAUCUGUUUGGUAGAAGUUAAUAAAAUACCUAUAGGAUGGCUCUGUAAAGCUAGAGGUAAAUAAAGGAAGUUAAGAAAAAGGUACAU